AUGUCCAGUCUCUUGGAAAUAUUUGGCCAGGGCCACAACGCCUACUUUUCUAAUGGGCCCAUCACCCGUCUCUCGUUCAUCCGCUUAAACAACCAGCUGUUAGACAAAGCCUCGACCCAUCCGAGUGCAAAGUAUCUCACCUUCAACGAGUUGAACCCUCUGCGGUCGCCAGAUGGGAAGCUCGCCUUUAGCAGAUAUGAAGACGUUGCCAGCGCAAUUGGUCGUCCUUACGCCAAAGACGAGAAGACCCAGAUAGCUGAGUUCAACCCAGCUGAUCACCACCCGACCCUCAUCUUCCUCGGCUUGGACCUGGAAGACAAAUCUGCAACCACUGGAGAAAAUAUUCAGCUGGGUCAGUACUCCGGAGUGCCCUAUUUUGCUCUCGAUGUGAGCCCGAAUCAUUAUGCUGCAUUCAAGGAGUCACAAGCAACCACCGGUCUGAAGUAUGUACCUACCCGGAUCGACCUCACACUAGAUCACCCGCAAUCAGCCAUAUAUAGCCAUGCACGGUCGCUGAUCGACUGGAAUAAUCGCAACCGCUACUGUUCUAGCUGCGGUGGCCGCAUGCUGUCCACCCAUGGCGGGGCGAAAGUGGUCUGUCCGCCUGCCGACAAUGGCGUCCUCCGUCAGCGAGCAUGUCCGACCCGGAUUGGCCUUCACAACCAGGCAUUCCCAAGGACUGACCCUACUGCCGUCAUCGCCCCUAUCUCGGCCGACGGGAAACGUGUCCUUUUAGGCCGUGGAAAGCGCUGGCCUGCCAACUACUUCUCAUGUCUCUCGGGCUUCAUCGAACCCGGCGAGAGCAUCGAGACGGCGACAAGGAGGGAAGCCUAUGAGGAAACUGGCGUCCACAUCGACAGAGUGCAGAUCCAUUCCAGUCAACCGUGGCCCUAUCCGUCGACGAUGUUGAUCGGCGUCAUCGGCCAAUGCGUCGAAGGGGGAGAGUCCAUCACCUACCCGGAAACAGAGCUGGAAGAAGCCAAAUGGUUUGAACUCGCCGAGAUUGAGCACGCCCUGAACAAUGGCGCAAACCCAAUGUGGGAGCCGCCCAUCAAGGGAUACAUUGGUCCCAGAGUGCCUCCGAGCCAGCUAACGGCUCACCAAGUCCUGAGAGGAGUGUUGAGGUUGUUUCACAAAUAA